CGGAAUUUGCACGCGCGGAUUACGCAAAAAGAAUAAAGUGUCCAUUUAUCAAUUUGACCGGUCUAUCGGAUCCCUUGUGCUUGUGUAUUUUGCGUGAUUAGUGACACUAGAAACUCGUGUUCGUAAAGUGCAAGUGUUUCAUCAGCUUGAGUGUCCUGUUUAGCCCCCGGUGCAUCAACGAUUGCAACGAGACUCGGUUUGAAUGCAGUUUUGAAAUGCAACAGCUGAUUACCUACCGCAAGGCAAUGUAUGCUGUCGCCUCCUUUCUGAUACUGACUGAGCUGGGUCUGCUGCCGCAAGUGGUCAAACGUGGCUACUACUGCAACGACAAAUCGAUACAGCACGAGUACAACGGUGACACGAUAUCGACCGUCACCAUUCUGCUCAGUGGCCUUGUGCCCGUCGUGCUGAUAUGGAUGACGGAGGCACUCCUCUACACGCCGUCGAUCAACUGCAGCAAAACCGAAUCCGAGACCCGGUGCCGUGGGUCCUGGCGCGAGACGUGGUACUGGUCGAAAAGCUACGGCCGAGGCCUUAUCACCCUUCUAGUCAUCAUCGGUACCAUUAAGAUUUUUCUCGGCGAACUGCGGCCACACUUCAUCAACACAUGCAUACCGGACGUGAAGUGCACCGGGGACGAAUUUGUCACCGAUUACACCUGCACCAACAACGACGAAAGCCAAUAUUUCGUACGUGAUGCGAGCAAGUCCUUCCCCUCGGGACACUCGGCCAUGUCCGUGUUCGAGGCGAUCUUCAUGAUCUGGUACCUGGAGCGGCGCGUGCCCCGGUUGCGUUCCGUGUUUUCCAUUCCACUCGUGCAGAUGAUGCUGAUGUGCUGGGCCGUGUUCUGCUCGCUCUCCCGCAUCACGGAUCAUCGGCACCACUGGUGGGAUGUGCUGGCCGGCACGAUAGCGGGCACUCUCGCGGCCAUCCUGACGUGUCACGUCGGGUGUCACAACUUUGACGCAAGCAAACGGAAACGGAAGACAUCACUGUACAAGGACCACGAGCAUAAACUGAUUGCGAGCGGAGGCAACAACAGCGCCAACACCGGCACACCCCUGCACAAGGAGGAAAUCACCAUGAACAACGUGAUCCACGCUUGACAGGGUUUGGAGCGGGCCGUGUGGGAGUCCGAUUGACCGCGUCCCGUUGACGUUCGAGCGGACAGCACGCCGGACGAUCGGAAGUGUGACGCUAUAUACCUAUAUUCCAACAGAAUCAGUAUUCCGCGCUAUGUAUUGUAUUUGCAGAUUUUAAAUUACCGCUAGUUUCCGUUUUCGCUUUAAGCUUCCAUUUCGAACGUGUUAGUUCGAGCGAGAGAAAUUUCAUAACUGGUGGACGGGAUCAAACGUAUAGUUUUUGGGGAAGGGUGAACAAUUUAAAGUAGAAAGUACCGAUAAAGAUUGGCAGCCAACCACACGCGCUGUCGACUGGGUGUUAGAUUGUAGCAUGGACGGAAUUGUGAUAUUAUUCAGUAAGUCAUACCAAUUUACCUUACCGCGCUGAAGCAGCGGAAAACGUUUCCUUGGGGCGUGUAGUGUUCCAUUGGAACGAAAAAAAAACAGAUCAAAUAAAUAUAUUAAACCCUUAUGUCUUAGGAUGUCGAAUUUAAAUGUGCCAAACCACAUGAG